AUGGCAUCAUCAAAGAGCACCGGCGCGUCGAAGCCGUCUAGCUCGAGAUCAGCCACGGCACCUGGCUCGUCCUCCGCAGCGGCGUUCACAUCCAACUCGGCGGCCUCGUCACAAUCGUCUACACCGGAGCCUGCAAACACAACACUACCGGAUCCGAAGACAGAUCUUCCAGCAUACCUACUCAAGUUGCAGUCAGCGUUACAGCCGCUUACACGAAAUGCAGCAGCUAUCCCAACACACGGCGAUCUCGCCUUCCAUCGCAGUAUGGAUCGCAAGCUUGCCAAGAAGCUCGACUCGGAAUCAGAUCGUUUACUUGAGUCUAUCUCUCAGCUUGCAUCCUGGAUUGCUUCCGGCCCUAAGGCGCCCAAGAUCCCGCUUGCAAAGAACGCUGCUGCUUCUUCGAGUAAGAAGUUAAAGUCGAAGGUCGACCUCGAUUUGGAUCUAGCGGAUGUUACAACGAACGAGUCCUUUGCAUCGAAUCUCGGAGAGCUGGUGGAUCAUUUGAUGGAGAGCGCGGAUACGUGCCUCGAUGAGUACACAGGCAAGCUCGCACCACGCAAUGUUGCCGCGCAAGAGAAUUCGGCCGGAGGAGCACAGACAGAGUCGGCCAACGGACGGAUGCAAGCUAUGACAGCAGUCCAGAACGGCAAGGCUUUGCCCAAAACAGGCAACCUCCCAUCAUGGGUCCUGAACGCUCCCAUCCCUCCACCGCAGAAGAACUUCACGACCAAAGCCGACAACUCGACCGAUACCUUGUGGCAGCCGAACCUCAAGUAUGGCAAGCCUAACGCAAUGGUCCCUCUUGGUCACACGAACCCUCAGCGACUAGGUGCCGACGGUCAAACAUUGCCAAGAGGCCCAAGACGAGGCAUGUACUGUGCCGAAGGAGACCCCUUAGACAACCCUUACUAUCACGAGAUUCUUCAUUCCUCACCACCUAUACACGCCUUGUCCAAGCCAGAUCCAGCAACCAAGGACAACCCGCCACCACGGCUCAAUGAGAAGGACCCUUCGCUUUCCACCGAUGCAUGCCCCUUCCAAUGGGUCUCCACCAAAGCCCAGAUCGAACAGCUCAGAGACCAUCUUGAUGAGGACCGAGUGAAGGAGAUCGCUAUUGACCUCGAACACCACUCUUACCGCACAUACCAGGGUAUUGUCUGUCUCAUGCAACUCUCAACACGAUGGGGAGACUGGAUCAUCGACACCCUCUCUGAUGAGGUUCGACAGCAUGCAGAGCUGCUCAACUCUUCUUUCACCGAUCCGAGCAAGGUCAAAGUUUUGCACGGUGCCAACCAUGACGUGCUCUGGCUCCAGCGGGAUCUCGGAUUGUAUCUUGUCAACCUGUUUGACACCUACCACGCAACAAACGUCCUCAUGUUCCCCAGUCAUGGUCUGAACUACCUCAUGGCAAGGUACUGCAACUUUGACGCUGACAAGCGCUACCAGCUCGCAGAUUGGAGAAUACGACCCCUCCCCAAAGAGAUGCUCUACUACGCUCGAAGCGACACCCACACACUCCUCUACAUCUACGACAACCUUCGACAUGAGCUGAUGGAAUCUGGCGGUCUCGAUGCAAUCCGUGAAGUCUUCAACCGCAGCAAAGACGUUGCAAUGUCGACUUAUGCAAAGGAAGAAUGGGACAGCCAAGGCGAAACGCGCGAAGGCUGGCGAAGCGUAUGGAGGAAGUGGGGUGGUGAAGCAGCUCUCGGCACUGAAGAUCGAAGGGAGCUCAGCCAGAUGAAGAAAGAAGAACGCUUGGUGCGGGCACUGCACAAGUGGAGAGAUGGUGUAGCAAGAGAGGAGGAUGAGUCGCCAAGGUACAUCCUGGGUGCGAACAAUCUGAUGAUGUUGGCUGCCAGAGCACCGGUCAAGCCUGAGGGAGUACUCGCGUGCGUUCCUCCCAAUGCUUCGGGAUUGAAAAAGAGGAUCGGAGAACUGGCCAAGUUGAUUAAGGACGAGGUCGAGGCUUGGGAGAAGCAUCAGGAAAAGCUAAGCGAGGAGAAGAGACAGAAGCUGGCGGCUGGGCUAUUGCAGAAUGGUGACGGAGAUGCGGAGAUGGAUGUUGGUGAGGCUGUUGCUCGACCACAGGUCGAGCAAGUCGCAACGGCCAUCCCUGCUACAAAGAGCACAGUCAACUCUCGGUCGAUCUCAGCAAUCAGCACUGCAGCCAGCAAAGACCCUAAAGUCGAUGUCUCGGUUUGGUCCGAGGCCUCCGCUUCCGCUCCAGCCACUCAGGCAGCAGCAUCGAAGGCAGGCAUCCGGGGCGCGGUUCGAUCUUUCGCUUCGAACUUGUUCGGUCGCUCGGCUACCACCGUCCCUGCUGGCCCUGUCUCCGACGCAGCUUCGACCAGGCCCACGCUUACUUCCCGAUCAUCGAAGCUCUUUGGCACCCUCUCCACUCACUCAUCCAAUGUUGCCGGUGAGAAGAUCAAAGCAGUCAAAGCAGGAUUCGCUGAUCAAGUAGCUGGAUUGCUUGGCAGAACCUCUACUUCUACCGGCUUUGCAGACGAAGACAUCGUGAUGCAAUCCGAAAGCGUCGCGUUCGUUCCUCGCGAGGAGCGAACAACGCUCGAACCCGCCCCUGAGCCCGCACAGGAGGAGGCAGUUGAGUCAGAGGAGGAAAAAGAGAAGGAAGAAUACAUCGUAGUCUCCUCCAACAAGUCCAAGUCGAAAGCCAAGGCAUCCAAACCAUCUGCUUCUCAGCCUCAGGCCGACGGAACGUCUUCCAAAAAGGAGCUCAAGAAGAAGCGCAAAGCUGAGGCUGCCGCUGCCGCUGCGGGCUCCAACGCUGACGCUGUUGCGCCUGCUGCCAAGAAGAGGAAAGGAAAGUUCGACGAGGAGUUCGACUUCUCUUCCGCCCCCAACGCUUUCGAGACGCCAGUGGUUAAGAAGGAGGAAAGGAAAGAGAAGGUCGGGAAGGCUAAGCCCAAAGGUAAGGGCGAGAAGAAGACAGAGGAAGCCAUCUUCAGACAGCCGAGAGACAGGGCUCGUAGAAAGACUGAUAUGGGGAGCACUAUGUAA